GCCGUGCGGCGCGCGUAUAAAAACCGGCACUCGGCCGCUGCCGGACUUGUCCGUAAACGCCAACAGCAGCCAUGAACACGCUUACACUCGUCGCCUUCCUCGGCCUCGUUGCCGUCGCCCUUGGUGGCUACGCCGCUGCACCUGUGGCUGUUGGCUACGGCCACGGUUAUGGCGGCUAUGGCCUUGGAUAUGGUCACGGCUACGGUCACGGCUACGGCGGCUACGGCGGCUACGGACAUGGACCCUUCGCCAUCACCACCGUCACCAAGACUGCUCACGUCGCUCCUGCCCGCGCUGUGGCUGUCGGCUACGGACACGGCUAUGGACACGGAUAUGGUCUCGGCUACGGACACGGCCUUGGCUAUGGCUAUGGCGGUCAUGGUUACGGCGGUGUUGUGAAGGCUGUCGGCCUCGGCUAUGGUCACGGAUUUGGCUAUGGUCAUGGCUACGGCUAUCAUGGCUGAAUUAGCAGUAAUUAAAAGGACAGAGCUUUACCACCGGAACGGGGCCGGCAAAAGUGCCAUGAAGUUCGAUGCGUAGGCCCUCAAAAUAAACAAUCUAUUUAUUUCCGAAGGGAAUCACGAUGAGUCUUUUUUUUCCUU